UUUGUAAUAAAGUUUUUCCAUACUCGCCUGAUUAGAAUAAAGGUCGUCGUCAUUAACCUUCUGGAAAGUUGCCUUCACUUUUCAACAAUAAAAACUUCGGUCUUGAAAUCGAGUUUUUUCUUCUUUUUUCUUUCUUACGCGUUGACUUCUCAAUAUUUCAUCCACGACAAGGUACUAACGUGUCAAAUAGGAAAUCCAGGAUGACUGAUGUUUCAAGUGGGAGAAGAAAAAAAAGAAAGUUGGCACCCAAAGCCCCAAAGGGCCCAUCUGAGAGUCCCAAAGUAAUAAUGCUCAAUUCAUCCGUUCUCCUUCUGGAAGUACCUGCAGAUACCAACACCAGCCUCCCAGUGUGGGAUGCCGUGAGAUCCCUGAACGUUGGGGUCACCUGGACGGUCAAACCUUACGGCAUCAGUAUCAACGUAACACCUCUUACUGUGAAGCAGGAAGACAUCACCGCUUCCUGUGAGAGAGAAAACACAUCCAGCGUGGUGGAAAGCUCCAGCCUUCAGCUACAGAUCCAGAACAGCUCCUGUGUGUUGCUGACCUUCUCCCACAACUCCCUGCCAACACUACCCCACACAUAUCAACCAAACCAGAGUCUUGUCAACCCGAUUUCUGUGUCACUGCCUCUCAUCAUCACUCAUUCUCCACAAGGAUAUCAGCCUGGCACCAUUGCAACCAUAAAGCUCCCACCUGCUGUCCAAGCACCUACAAGUGUUUCCGGUGACCUCGAUGUUGAACCCAAGAAACCCAAUCUCUCAUCAUUUCACACAAAGGUCUCCCAUGACAUCCUCAUCUGUGACAACUUCCUACUGGGUACAUGUGAUGCAGGGGUAAAGUGUAAGUUGCACCACACACCUUACCCAUUUCACUGGCAGCUGUGGUCUAUAAAGACCCACCAAUGGAUCGACCUAUCACCUCGCGCUCAGCUCUUACUAGAGAGGAGCUACUGUUGUGCGGAACAGAGCGAUGUUACCCUCAUAGACAAGCAAUCAUACUACAUCCUGGACUUUGAUACAAUGGAGUUGGAUGGUUUCUCAGAGUAUGAUGCAGUUAGGCGACUUACUAACUCGGAGAGUGUAGAAAAAAACCCUCACUUUCCAAGCAAGAGCAAAAUCUACUGGUGUGAGGGCGUCAACUACAAAGAGUACAGUGCGGAUUUGUCUGCCUUCCUCCUGAAAAAGAUGAGUGAAAAGGAGCUAAAAUGUUCCUUCAACAUCGGUGAGCAGAAGUACGAGGUGGACUUCACCAGUAUGACCCAGACCAGAAUCAGCACUGGCUUCCAGAGACAAAUUUGUUGCAGGCCUGCCUACCGUUCACCAGAGUCCAUGUAUCCUCACCUAAAGAGUGGAAUCCAGUCUGACUUUGCUAAUUGUGAGCCCUACGCUGCUGCGGCUAACUUCAGCAUAGAUCCUCUACAGGAGUUCAGCUCCUGGUACCCUCCAGUCUGGCUUCAGGGCUCAGAGGAGGAUUACCGCCUGGUUGAUGUUCCAGCCGGGACUCAGGCCUAUCGGAUCGUCAAAAAAUUCUUCCACGAAAACCUGCCAGAGACCACGAUGGACAUCAUCAGCAUCCAGCAGAUCCAGAACCUGCUGCACUGGGACAAGUACCAAAGGCAGAAAACACACAUGCAGAAACACCACACCAAAGCCGAGGGACCUCUGGAGAGACAUCUCUUCCACGGGACCACCAAGGUCGCCUCAGAGAGCAUCUGCCUCCACGGGUUUGACCCCCGAGUGGCCGGCCUCAACGGACACUCUCACGGGUUUGGCUCUUACUUCGCUACCGACACGCUCAUGUCCCACGAGUACACAGAAGCAAGCGAGUCCGAUGAGGUUGGUUACAUGUUUCUGGCAAAAGUCCUGGUGGGAAGAGUUUGCUUGGGAAAACAUUACUACCGGCGACCACCCAACACCAAGGUCAGCCUCUACGAUGCCUGCGUCGACAACAAGCAAAACCCUCAGAUGUUUAUAGUGUUUGACAGCUGCCAGUGCUACCCAUACUACCUGAUCAAGUACAAAAAGUUGUCUGAAGAGAUUGAUAUUCAUGACUGAUGACAAUUAAAUCAGAAAGUCUCUCAGAAAGUGUUCAUGGUAAUAUGCAGCAUUUUGAAAUGUUAGAAAAUGUUCUGGUUAACAUAAAAUAUACAGUUCUGCAAUAAAGUUUUCACCAAAAAGGAUUGACACAAAGCAUCUUUAGAAACCUUUGAUUUGUUUUUACAAGUUCUUUAUUUUGUCUUCUUUAAAAGACCAUACAUCAGUGGAAAUAAGCACUUUUGAGUUUCCUUUUCAAAUUCUCCAGAAUCAAAUUGAAAUGUUUAUGAAAAGUUUUCAGUCAAUAAAAUUCUUUUUCACACAUAAUUAAAUAUAAAAACAGGAAUUGAGCAAUUGUUACAUUUGUUUUGGUUCUAAUAAAACCGUAUAUCUGACUGCGUUUGUCGAAUAUUUCAGACUGGAAAAUGUUUCACUAAACUCACUUUGCAGGAACAGAGAAACAUGAUUGUAAAUGUUUAUGGAAAUCUAUGUUCUUCAACAGUUUAUUGCACAAUCCACCAUUUAGAGAGUUUGGACAAAAGUGAUUUUUGAAAUAUUCGUAACAUAUUUGUAACAAACUAUCUAGCACAUGAGGAGUGUAAGGGGUGAAGAGUUCCAGGCCAUUUGAGACAUUAUUUCAGGAGAGAAUAACACAAUAUAAACCUAACAAUUUUUAAACAAAGAAUUAAAGUUUGAACUUAUUAUGAAGUCUUCUGUGAUCCAUGAUUAAUUUUGUAAAUAUAUGCUCAAAUAUAACUGUAAACCCCAAUGAUAUUAGCUAAAUUAGUCUUGACUAAUUAGCCAUUUAAAGUAAACUUAAAAUUCUGCUGAGCAGAGCGGUCAAAUAUGAAGUCGAGAUGUAUGUUUAUAUUUGAGCCUGUAUGUGUAGUUUCGAUAAUCUUUGUGGAUUUGUGUGAAAUUCUUACGUCUGCACAUCUUAUAGUUGAAAAAGAAAUAAGUCAGGCACCUACACAUGGCUGAUUACCAUGUAGAGAGAAAUUAUAUAUGGGCAGUAGAAAUUUUCAUUUAAUUUCUGUUUGGCUUUUCUAAUUAAUACAAAAUAAAAAAAAUUCACAGUUUGUGCAUCUGUUCACCAAAAUAACAGCUCACCAGUGUUUUAACAGGAAUAAUAAUUUUUUUUUGUCUUUAUAGUCUAUUCUGUUUGAAGGUGUAAAUCAAUCCCAAAAAAAUCCAAUUCAUGUGUAUUAUAUGUUUUAAAAUGUGCAGUGUUGCAUUUAGGUGUUUGUGACGCCAAAACUAACAUUUCAGUCACAAAAAUAAAACAUCCAUGCGUAAAAAUGCACUUUAGACACAAGGGGCGGUAAUAGGUGGUCAUAAUAUUAAUAAUAAUGUUUGAAUUUGUAAACAAUAUAAAGGCAAACUAAAAAUAACUGACCACUCUUCUAUUUAGGGGAUUAAACUUUGCGCCUACAGAUGGCGCCAAAGGAAAAAGGAUUAAAUAAAGUAAAACAGAACCAGAAACGACAGAAAACAAAUCAGUUCAUAUAUCUUUACAUGAGUUAUAAGCAUGACAUCAGCUCUUCUUGUACAUGGUGUCCCAUAAGAUGGAAUGAGUUUUCUCUUGUAGCCUGUACAUUUUUUACAUAUUAACAGCAGCUGAACAUAGAUGGUUCAAAUCAUAUGAAACUACCCGUGUAAAGCUGUUUUACAGCAUGAAAAACAAAAAGAAAGAUGAGUGAAACACGGCAGGUGGUUUGCUUGCAGGACACUCUCCCAUUACUCACAGGCCAGCUUAUUGUCAAAGCUCGACAGACCAAUGGCAAAAGCUUGAAGAGCACACAUG